AUGCUCGACUACCUCCCAUCCACGUGGCUCGGCUGGGCACUUGUACUCAUUGCGGCUAUCAAUGUGACUGGCCUCCCACUUGCCUUCCACAUCCGACUCCUCCUCACGGUGGCGUGGCAGUUUCGCAACGGCCGCAUUCCCGAUGUGCUGGAGGGUGUGCGCCUGCCGCUGCGCGUGUGGCCGUCCGAGUGCGAUAUUAAUCUGCACAUGAACAAUGCUUCUUACAACCUCGUGGCCGACAUGGGUCGCUACGCCUUUGCCGUCGGCACCGGCAUGUGGGCCAAGUCGCGAGCGGAUGGCUUCUAUCUUGCCAAUGGCGGCGUCUCGCUGCGGUUCAAGCGCGAGCUCAAGCCGCUCGCCGCAUACACCCACAUCACGCGGCUGCACUCGUUCGACGGCAAGUGGAUGUACCUGGAGCAUCGCUUUGAGGCUCCCAACUCGGGCAAGGUUCACGCCUUUGGCUACUCGCGCUUUGUGGCCAAGAAAGGUCGCGACGACGUCCCACCGGCCACCCUCCUCCGCGAGCUCGGCUAUGCCGACGCCGUCGACGUUGUCUCGGCCUUGACGGCGUCCAAGGCCCCUCACGCGAGCCUGGGCGCUCUGGCAGAUUCGAUCGACGACGCUCUCUACGACGUUGCCGGAAGGUGGAGUCGCUAACUCAACCAAUGUCGUCACUUUCAGGGUGACGACAUUGGCUCGCUCAAGAGCGAGCCGAUCUUGGAAAACGUCGAGCUGAGCGUCGAGCCCCAGGCCUUCAACUCUGCGAUGGCCUCCAACCGCUCAGAAGAAUGUUCAGGCGUGAGCGACUGCGACAACGACUGGGACUGCGUUGCCGACCUCUCUUCCCCACUCAUCGGCUCCUCCUCCGUUAUGGUGAGCGUGGUGAGC